AUCUGGUGUGGACAGUCCAUUUUUCUGAGAAUACCAGCAGCUUCUUUGGCUGAUUUGCAAUUGUUUCCUUUUUUUGUCCAUUUGCUUUUAUCAGUAACAGUUUCUUGACAGAUAUGCAUCCUUUCACACCCUGCUCACAGUGGAAGGAUGGACAGAAACAAUUCUGGAUUUUUUCACAUCUGAAGCAAGAGUGGAGCUUGAUUUUCUCCCAUGCUGUAAAGGUGAAACAUUGUUUAUCUGAUGUUGAUGGUUUUGGUCGUCAAUCAGGUCUUUGUCUUGUUUGUUUUUAAAUUCUAGUUCGGGGAAACUUAUUUUCCCCUGACCUUCCCCUUCCUUGUUUAAGUGGAUUAUCUUAUAUCCGACAAGUCUCCUGAAAAAUGAAGAACUUGUACGUCAUUGCCUUUUUGACUGAAAAUUGAAUGAAGGGUGAUCUCUGAAUUUUACACUCUACUGUAUAUAUUUUACAAGUGUGAGUUAUGACGAGUUGUUAAAUUUGUCAAAAGGAGAGCGCUAGAUUAAAAUUUUAACUAUCAUUCCUCUAGAUGAUUGAUCUCCUCACUGCUGAUAGCUGAUGUGGUUAUAAUCCAAACAUACAAUUUCCUAAACAUUCUUGAUUUGUUGGUGUUUAUUCAUCUUUCAUAGUUGCAUCGCUGAUGGUGAAAAUGAAGCCAAGUGUUGACCGAAACGAUCUGAUGGGAAUUUCUGGUCAUGUUCUUGAGUGCUGUGGGUGUGGGUGAAACUUUGCAUAUCCUUGUGUACAUUGUAUAUGUCUGGAGCUGGUGUAGACUUAGGUGUCUGUGUGCAAUAGUAUCUACCCAACGGCCGUAUUGGUGUGUUACGUUCCCCUCACAAAUGGGUGUAUUUUUCUCUGUGAUCUGAUACCUCAUACUUGAGCCGUGAAUGUCUCUGUCAGAGCCUUUUCAUGGAGCUUCAUGUGGCCCUGGAGGAGGUGCCGGCCUUUCUGAGCCUCUGCCAGGUGUAUGCUGUCCUCCUGCUGUCCCGUGGGAGGGGCCUUAUUUCCCUGGCAAAUGCUGUCACCAGUUCCCCUUUUCUUGUCACAAGUCAUAGAGCUCCUGGAACAUAGCAAGCAGAAAUGGAAUCAGUUGAAAUUGCUGUGUCUCUGCUCUUAUGUGUCAUGAUGCGAAUGUCAGGUGCUAACACAGAACUCAUUUCGGUGCCUCUUGUCAUGCACGGAAUCAAAGGGAAGCCUCUCCACAUCCCUGUGAAGACUCAUUUUGGGAUGAAUGAGGUGGAGUUCCAGGGCACCUGGUCUCAGAUCAGCCCCAAAGAAAACCACCUGGUCACCUUUGAAAACGGCAAAGCGAUCCCUAACCUGCAGCUGAAGGACACACUGAUCUUCAAUCUGACUAGCAUCUCCCUGACCUUUAAGCAACUGGAUGAGGCAGCUGAAGGAGAGUACCAGCUACAAAUCAACAUCAUCUUCCCUGACAAAGACAAGUUGGAAUCCAUUAAAAAGACCGUGAGCAUUACUGUGAACGUGCCUCUUUCCACCCCUGUUAUGAAGAAGAGCUCAGAGGGCACGCUUGUGGAAGACCAGGACAAUGUUACUCUGACCUGUAUUGUGGAGAAUGGGGCCAAGGCUAAGUACCAGUGGCUUAAAAAUGACAAAACGGUCAGUCCGAGUGAGCGUCGCAUAUUCUCCCAGAACAACAGCGCCCUCCUCAUCAACCCAGUGAAGAAGGAGGACAUUGGCAUGUACAGCUGUGCGGUUACAAACCCCAUCAGCCGCGCACGGAGCAAAGACAUGGAGCUCAGCGUGUUCUAUGGCCCUUACAAUCUGGAAGUGAACUCGGAUCAGGGGUUGAGAAUUGGAGAAGUGUUCACUGUAAAUCAAGGAGAGCUGAUCUUUUUUGACUGCUUAGCUGACUCAAACCCCCCCAACACCUGUGUGUGGAUCUCCAGGACUGACAACAGCACAGAAGUCCUCAUGACUGGCCCUCGCUUUGAGGUUCCAUCACACAAGUUAGCUCAACCCACGAAGUUCUUGUGCCGGGCCUUCAACAACGUGACGAAGAAGCAGGAUGAAACUCACUUCACACUGGUGGUGGCCAAUCUUGGCAAAGGUAGUGAAAAGCUGCAGGGAGAGAGUGCAGUGUCUCCUUUAGCUGCCAUCACCAUCUCCUCACUCCUCAUUAUCCUGUGCAUGCUGUUUGUGUUCUUCAGGAAGACAUGCCAUCCUAAAAGAGUGUUGAUGAAAAUUUAUAGCAGGCCUAUGCCAGAACAAAAAGGACUGCAUCGCUCAGGUCAUGAGGACGCUACUGAAGACUUCGGCAUCUACGAGUUUGUCUCCAUACCUGGGAAAAUGGAGUCUAACCAUGCGUCGUGCAGAUCUCUGGCGCGGCUCGACUCUGUCAAAGAUUUGCAUACCACCAUCUAUGAUGUCAUCAGACAUGUUCCUGAAACUCCCACGCUCAGUCUACUGAAGUGAGAAGGUUUAACACACACGGGCUGGACUCAGUAGUGUUCCUACAGAAAAGUUAUGAAGGCCGUUUGUCCUGUGGGCAUGCUGGUUAAUGCCAUCACCUCUUUAUUUCUUCCUAAAGUCACUUGAAUUUGAUUAUGCUCAUAAGCAUUUGAUGAAGACCCUUAACUUUGACAAAAUCCCAAUCAUUUUACAUCUAGCUGAUACAGAAAACUGGUAUUUAUUUAUUUCACAAGGGUCCUCACAGUUCUGUAUAUAGAGUAUGUUCAUUAUAUUGUAGUUCUUCUCUUGUCAAAGGCUUUACAUACUUGCAGCAGCACUGACAUUCAGCUUCAGUGGUAUUAGUAAUGACUGUGUGAAAAAAGAUUGAUCAUGUGAUUUCAAUAUUUAAAUAUGCAAGACUCUGCAAAAAUCAGAGACCACCCUUAAUUUAUUAGAUUUUUCAGCAUCAGGAAAAGCAGCAAAAACAGAAAACUUGCACAGAAAAUUACACCAAAUCCUCAAAUAUAAUAUUACAUUUUAGUAUUUAGUGUGUUGACUCUUUUCCUUUAUUAUAGCCGCCAUUAUUUUCAGGACAUUCUCUUUGUUUUUGUUUUUUUUUUAGUUUUUCGCAGAAAUCUGCACAGAUACUUUUCCUCACCUCCAACAUCUCAGUCUUACAUGUCGGUUGCAUUUUCUGCUUCUCAUGCAAUCUGAGUUACUUAAAUGAAAAUCAUUCAUCCAUAAAACUUUGCUCCACAUCUCAGUUGCAGAGUUGCAGUGUUCUAGUGCAAUUUUUCUUGUUUUUUGUCUAUCUCCUAUUUCUGUAUUAUAUUUUGUUUAUUUUUGGACAGCUAUACAUCCUUUCAGACUCACAGUGCUGAG